AUGCCAUCGAGGAAAAGAUGUCGUCAAGCCGAGAAUGAUAUGACUUAUUCAGAAGCCGGACGACAGGCCGACCUGACGAUCAGUUCAUGGGGCUCGAGACGAUGUCAGCGUUAUUCUAAUCCCAAGAUGUCCCCUUUCAGAGGGAGGCCAGAUUCGAAUGUUCUCGUGACUCCGUUGCCCAACUAUACAGAAAUUCACAAUCUUAAGACCCAGCCAUUGGGUCAAAGUCGAAGGCAUUAUUACGCAAUCAAGCGGAUACUGUCCGCCCGUAAAGCACAGGUUGAAUUAAGCCAGAUAAAUGGAGAUUAG